GUGCCGGCGGGGUCGGACCAGGGCAGGCGUGGGUCCGGGGGGGACGGCUUCUGAGUUGGCGGUGCCGCGAACAGGCGCUCGGGGCAGCCCGUGCCUCGCUGAGGUCCCCGCCCCGUCCCGGCCGGGCCGGCUCGCCUGUCAGUCACUGGGGCGGAGGCAGCGGCAGUAGCAGGGCCGGAGACGGAGGGUGAGAAGAGAGCGGGCCUGGCCGAGCCGAGGGGACCUGCCACAGCCCCUUAACUCCACGGACUCUUCGCCCGAGACUUGCGAAGCUGUACCCCUGCGCUUCGUUGGACGCCUCCGUAACCCGCGAAGGGCUCUCUCCCCCGUAACCUCCCACCCCCGUGACCUCUUCCUAGAACCCGAGAUCUCACUAGGGUGUUGUGGUACAGGCCAUCGACCCUGUGACCCCUUGGUUUUCCCCAGGCCUCGCUUUCCUAUGACUCCCUCCUCAUAGAUUCUGGGGACAGAACCCUGAUCUACCAUCAGGACCCCCGCCGGCAAACUCCUCACUGACGGCUUUCUCCUAGGAGUUCCCCUCAGUGGGUCUCCUCCAAAGAGCACCCCUUUUGGCCUCUGGCUAGCCCCCCACCCUCAACCGAGGUGGGGCGGCCUCGGCAGCCAUGCUUGCCCUGGGACCCCUGUCACCCCACCACUUCCUGGGCACCCAAGCCGGAGUCUAGCAGGGGGCCAGCAGCCAAGAGGCUGGGGCAGGAGACAGGUCACGGUCCACCUCCCUGCUGGGGAGGGAGCAAAGAUGGAGCGGCGGGAGGAGCAGCCGGGGGCUGCAGGGGCUGGAGCAGCACCAGCCUUGGACUUCACGGUGGAGAACGUGGAGAAGGCGCUGCACCAGCUCUACUAUGACCCCAACAUUGAGAACAAGAACCUGGCUCAAAAGUGGCUGAUGCAGGCCCAGGUGUCCCCACAGGCCUGGCACUUCAGCUGGCAGCUCCUGCAGCCGGACAAGGUGCCUGAGAUCCAGUACUUUGGGGCCAGCGCCCUACACAUCAAGAUCUCUCGCUACUGGAGUGACAUCCCUACUGACCAGUAUGAGAGCCUAAAGGCACAGCUCUUCACCCAGAUCACCCGCUUUGCCAGUGGCUCCAAGAUUGUGCUGACUCGGCUGUGCGUGGCACUGGCCUCACUGGCUCUCAGCAUGAUGCCCGACGCUUGGCCAUGUGCUGUGGCAGAUAUGGUACGGCUGUUCCAGGCCGAGGACUCACCGGUGGAUAGCCAGGGCCGCUGCCUGGCCCUGCUGGAGCUGCUGACAGUGCUGCCCGAGGAGUUCCAGACCAGCCGCCUGCCCCAGUAUCGCAAAAGCCUGGUGCGGACCAGCCUGGCAGUGGAGUGUGGGGCUGUCUUCCCACUGCUGGAGCAGCUGCUGCAGCAGCCCAGCUCACCCAGCUGUGUGCGUCAGAAGGUGCUCAAGUGCUUUUCCAGCUGGGUGCAGCUGGAGGUACCGCUGCAAGACUGCGAGGCGCUCAUUCAGGCUGCCUUCGCUGCUCUGCAGGACUCAGAGCUCUUUGACAGCAGUGUGGAGGCCAUUGUCAAUGCCAUCUCACAGCCUGAUGCCCAGAGGUACGUGAACACACUCCUAAAACUCAUCCCACUGGUGCUGGGACUGCAGGAUCAACUGCGACAGGCAGUACAGAAUGGGGACAUGGAGACCUCCCACGGCAUCUGUCGCAUUGCUGUGGCUCUGGGCGAGAACCACUCCCGGGCCUUGCUGGACCAGGUGGAGCACUGGCAGAGCUUCCUGGCCCUCGUCAACAUGAUCAUGUUCUGUACGGGCAUCCCUGGCCACUUCCCUGUCAACGAGACCACCAGCUCCCUGACCCUCACCUUCUGGUACACACUGCAGGAUGACAUUCUGUCCUUUGAGGCAGAGAAACAGGCUGUGUACCAGCAGGUGUACCGGCCAGUCUACUUCCAGCUGGUGGAUGUGCUUCUGCACAAGGCCCAGUUCCCUUCUGAUGAAGAAUAUGGAUUCUGGUCCUCAGAUGAGAAGGAGCAGUUCCGAAUUUACAGGGUGGACAUCUCAGACACGCUCAUGUAUGUCUAUGAGAUGCUGGGGGCCGAGCUCCUCAGCAACCUCUAUGACAAGCUGGGCCGUUUGCUCACCAGCUCAGAGGAGCCCUACUCCUGGCAGCACACAGAGGCCCUGCUCUAUGGCUUCCAGUCCAUCGCAGAGACCAUCGAUGUCAACUACUCUGAUGUGGUGCCUGGGCUCAUUGGCCUCAUCCCACGGAUCAGCAUCAGCAACGUGCAGCUGGCAGACACCGUCAUGUUCACCAUUGGAGCUCUAUCUGAGUGGCUGGCUGACCACCCCGUCAUGAUCAACAGCGUUCUACCCCUUGUGCUGCAUGCCUUAGGCAAUCCCGAGCUCUCUAUCUCUUCUGUGUCCACCCUCAAGAAGAUCUGCCGAGAGUGCAAGUAUGACCUGCCGCCCUACGCUGCCAACAUCGUGGCUGUCUCCCAGGAUGUGCUGAUGAAACAGAUCCAUAAGACGAGCCAGUGCAUGUGGCUCAUGCAGGCGCUGGGCUUCCUGCUAUCAGCCUUGCAAGUGGAGGAGAUCCUUAAAAACCUGCACUCGCUCAUCUCACCAUAUAUCCAGCAGCUGGAGAAGCUGGCAGAAGAGAUACCUAAUCCUUCCAACAAGCUGGCCAUUGUCCACAUCUUGGGGCUUCUCUCCAACCUCUUCACCACACUGGACGUCAGUCACCAUGAGGAUGAUCAUGAAGGCCCUGAGCUCCGGAAGCUGCCAGUGCCACAGGGACCUAACCCCGUGGUGGUGGUACUGCAGCAGGUCUUCCAGCUUAUUCAGAAGGUGCUGAGCAAAUGGCUGAAUGAUGCCCAGGUGGUAGAGGCAGUGUGCGCUAUCUUUGAGAAGUCCGUUAAGACGCUGCUGGAUGACUUUGCCCCCAUGGUGCCACAGCUGUGUGAGAUGCUGGGGCGGAUGUACAGCACCAUCCCCCAGGCCUCCGCUCUUGACCUCACUCGACAGCUGGUCCAUAUCUUUGCUCAUGAGCCUGCCCACUUUCCCCCCAUUGAGGCCCUCUUCCUGCUCGUCACCUCCGUCACACUCACCCUCUUCCAGCAAGGGCCCAGGGAUCAUCCUGAUAUUGUUGAUUCAUUUAUGCAACUCCUGGCACAGUUGAAUAGAGUUUCUUCAUCUGUUUCCGUGGAAGUUGACAAUCCAACAUCCUCCUUUAGUGCCCCUUUGCCUCAACUAGCUCAGUCCUCCACAGAGACCAGGGAGAGGCUGAUCCUGAAGGGAGGGAGCUGGGCUGGCCUGAGGGGUGGGCAUGGGAGGGGGUGGUAACCGUGCCCAGCAGCUCCUGUGGGCCCGAAGUGACCAAAGGGCUCAGGGCCAGGACCGGAGUGGAAGGGCCUGGGGUUCGCUGUCCCUGUGCUCCUGCGGGGAACGGCCUGCCUCAGUGCCCCCAGCCUGCUCUUGAGAGGUAGGCUGGGAGGAGCUCCGAGGGAGGGGCCAAGCUGAAUGUGCUGCAGUGGAGCCCAGAGCUGGGCUGUCGCUGGGCUGCCGGACAGGUCCUGCUGCUGCUGGGAGGUGGGGUGCUGGCUCCAUUGCGAGAUGUGUUUGGUGUGUGUUCAAGUGUGUCGGAACUGACUCGCGUGUUUUGAGUCCGGUUUGGGCAGGGAAUAGAAAUCACAUGGCUGCUGUAAGUAGUAUGUGUGUUGUUCUGAGUGUCAGAAUAAGUGUGUAGUUGUCAUGAGCCUGUGCACUGAUGGGUGUGGUGUGCUGACGUGCGUCAGACAUGGACGGAGUUUGAGUGGCGAUGUUUGUUGGAGGUGUGUGUGUUGGGCUGUGGGAGUGCAUGUUAUGGGGGGUAGGAGUAUAUGUGGUAGUGGUGUGUCCGUAUGAGGGGUUGUAUGUUUGGGGAGAUGUGUGUGUCAGGCUGUGGGGAUGUGGGGUUAGUAUGUGUGUCAGGGAGCUCCUGUGAGUUGGGGGCUCCUAUGGGUUGGGGUCCAUGAUGUGUUUCUUUGUUUAAUCACUCCACAAGUAUUUUUUCAGUGUGUUAUACGUGCUUGGUCAUGUGGUAGGUGCUGAGAGUGUAAUGGUGAGCAAAAGCAGACACGGUUCUUACCCUCUUGGAACUUACAACCUAGUAGAGGGGGUGUAGGAGGAGGGGGAAUGGACAGUGUGCUCUGGGCCUGGGUGGACAUGUGUGUGAGGGUGUAUCUUUGGGGCGAGGACAUUUGAGUGUGGGUGUGCGUGGGGAGAGUGCACAUGUUGGAGAACUGGGUAGGAUGAGGGCAUGGGUGUGUGGACAUGGUUUGGGGAUACAGGGUUGGGGUGGGAUGUGAAUGUGUAGCAAGGGUGUGUUGCAAAUGGGGAGAGUGGUGUACACAAGGGAUGUGAUUGAGGUGUGAUAGAGGGUAAGUGGGGCAUUUUAAGUGAGGGGGCAUGUGGGGCUGUUUGCGCUUGAGUGAAAAUGAGGGAGUGGAAGGUAUAUGAAGGCUGGAGCGUUGGGGGUUGAUGUGGAACGCACUGGGGGGCUGCUGGGGGACAGCAGUGCUUGAUGACUGUGGGAGCUGUGCAGAGCAUCUCCUGUGACCUGAGGGUGUGCCAUUCGUGCCUUGGUACCACUUGGGGUGAGCUCUCAGCCCCUAGACUCCAUCUGCUUCCCCUAACAUGGCAGCCCUGGCUCCUGGGCUGGGUAUGGAUGAGAAGGGCCCGGACACAGGCUGUCCUGGGUGAGAGAUGGGGCCAUGGCUCCUCUUCCUAAGCUGAAGAGUUUCUGAGGAAUGCAGGCAGGACAUAGGAGGGGGGCUGUGAACUGGGCUCCCUGUCCAGCUGCCAUGUCUGCCCUGUUAACAAAUCAAGGGGGCCUCAACUGCCUCUGUGAAUCAAAGUGAAGUCACUGCUGGCAACCUGGAGCCUGCAGGAGGUCUGGCUCUGGUGGUGAGGGGUGGGGUGGGGUGAUGUGUUUGCUCGGGGGUGACUGGGGCCCAAGCUGUGGCAUUAUGACUCCCAACCUCUCUCAUGCACAUGUACGUUCAUGUACACAUACACAUACAAGGCAUCCCUUGGCUGCUCCCCUCCUGACAUACUGAACUCUGGAGUGGUCUCGUUCCCCAGAGAUGGCUGGGUGGCUGGUUUUGGCAGCCUUCACUUGUGGUGUGUGAGGUUGGGGCCUGGGUGGCAGGUGAGUGGGAGGAUGAUUCUUAAAAGUCGACUAGGGCUGGGCUUACCAGCUCC